AUGGCUGCGGAGCCUCCCCUCGUCGUGCCGGAUGUUCUGCUGGCAGUGGACACUUCCUCGUUGAAAGGCCUGUUAGAGGCCAUCCUCGCUCGACUGCGACUGUCAGAAGCCUCGCUUGCGGAGCUUCAGAACGAACGACAUCUUGACUUGCCAAAGCAGGGCUUGGUGGCUCGCAUCGACAAAUUGGAGCUGGAAGUAGACGCGCUGUUGAAUGACGAGAUUCCGGGCGUUGAUGGACCCAACUGUCCAAGUCCAAGAUCACUCCGAUGGGAGAGCUGCAUGAACGGGCAUCAGCCGCUGCGAGGCACGAAUCGAAGAAACGGAGGGGUGCGUUCGCGAGAUGCACGAGGCCACCCAGCAAAAUGCACACGACUUUGA